AGAAUGUCAUGGAAGUUUAGGAAAGUGAAUCCUGAUCACUUUGUAGCUGAUGUUCCCUCGCAUAUUCAUUCUGACGUACUGGCUCUCGACCUUCGUGUUCGGAUUCCUUGUUCCUGCAUUCCUGGGAGGUACUCUGACUCUCCGGAGAUGGUACAUCAAGAAUGUUCACCGACUAUUUGUUUACUGUGACGAUAUAAUAAAUGAAAGAAAGCAUCUCCUUGGAUUUGAUAACGAGCUAACGGAGGAAGAAAUAUCCUCGGAGGAGGAGGAAGAAACUAUGAGACGAUCCUCCCGUGGGAAAAGGAGACAUCUUCCCAGUUAUGUGGAAGAUGCGAGAAAUGGGGAGGAGUCGAACCCGCAUUUCGCGUUCUGUGACAUUGCCCCUCUAUUAAUGAACGGGAUAUCUACUAUUAGAGACGAUCAGGUGACAACAAGGUUCUACGCCCAAGAGAACGGACUGUGGAACAUGCUAACCAGAACCUCAAUACACCCUGUAUUUAUGAGUCACCGUCUCAAUGUUAUCUGGUUCCUCAGUCUUAUCUGGAGAUGGGGCUGGCUCCUACCCAUGAGGAUACUAGUGUUUAUGGCAGCGUUAGGGUGGUUGUUGCUUGCUACUCUUAUCCUAGUACUACUCCCCCGGAGUCUACCUUGGUACGACAAAUGCUACGAGUGGAUGAUCUGCCUAGUGUUCAAGUUAGUGACGCACAGCUUCAGUGCAGUUGUUAAGUUCCACAACCCGGAGAACAAAGCCAAGAACGGUGGUAUUUGCGUGGCUAACCACACCUCCCCUCUUGAUGCUGCAGUAUUGAGUUACGAUAACUGUUACUCAAUGAUUGGUCAGCGACACGGAGGUUUCUUAGGGUUUGCCCAGAAAGUUCUGGACCAAACGACAGAGCACAUCUGGUUUGAACGGGGUGAGAGCAAAGACAGACAGAUGGUUGUAAACCGGCUCACUCAGCAUUGUACCACUGUGUCUACUACAGGUAAAAACCUCCCAGUUUUGAUAUUCCCCGAGGGGACGUGUAUAAACAACACCAGUGUAAUGAUGUUCAAGAAGGGUUGUUUCGAGAUAGACACCACCAUUUACCCUGUAGCUAUCAAAUAUGAUACCCUAUUUACUGAGGCUUUCUGGAACAGCUCCGAGCAGAGUUUCGUGAAGUACCUGUUUAUGAUGCUAACGAGCUGGGCUCUUGUGUGUGAUGUCUACUACCUCCCCCCUACACGUCGCCUCCCUAACGAGAACGCCAUUGCCUUUGCUAACAGAGUCAAGUCCCUUAUCGCCCGGAAGGGUGGUCUUGUGGAUCUCCAGUGGGACGGAAUGAUAAAGCGAAAGAAGCUGAGCGAGAGAAUCAGACAAACUCUGAUGGAUCUAGAGCGCCAGCACUUCCUGGAGUCCUCGGCACUCCCCCGGAACAUCUCACACGGCAACCUCAGUACCCUGACGUCAGUUUUAUAGGACCUCGUCACCCCAGAGUGGGUGUUAGGAAUCUUUUUUCGAGUGAGGCUAGCGCGAUUGCAGUCACGUGAUUGUUGCGUGAGUUAUCACGCGUUCGUCUAAGAGAUACUUGCGUAAACUUUAAUUGUUUAUGCUUGAGUCUGAGAUGGUAGCGUGAGCGCUCAUGUGUGAUUAUUUCGGUGAAAUCUAAUUGGAGACUCAGACUUGCAAUCAGAGAUCUAAGCAACAAGGUGGAAUUUGGCCGUGUGACUGGCAAAUUUCAAAUUAGAUAUUUCAAAUAAGAAAGACAACUUGCUUUUACUUUUAAAGACCACUCUGCGGUCAGAGACGAUCGCUGGUGGUUGGAAGUGAAUAUGAUGAAAUUGUUCGGAAGUUGUUUGACAAUAAACACGCCAAAACCGCGUGAUUUAUGGGAAACUGAUCAAGAUUCUAUCAAACUGUCGACCGAUCAUUUUUUACCGGUGAGUACGUCAUAUUCAGGUAACUCUUGUAUCUUUCCUGCGAAAGAUUGCAAGACUUUUCUCGUCUUGUAAUCUAUUAGGUUGUCGAUUUCUUUUUGAUUUUGGAGGAUAUUUUGAUCCUGUAAAACCGUAAAUGUAUGUUGGUGGCAAUUUUUACUGUGUUUACCUCCUUUAAUUCGGACGAAGGUUUCUGUUUUCGGAACGAGAU